UUAAGGUCAAAGGGCAGUAGCCACCCCUCCUGAGGCUGAGAAUGCUCUUUUCAUGAAACCUUUCCUCAAUAGUAGAAGUACAAAUAUCACUGCAGAUAUCUAACGAGCUUCAGACUUCAUCUAUCAGUAUACCAAGGACACACAGAGACGCCAGAUCUUCUUGUCGGCCGGUCUAAGAUGGCAGGACUUUUGAUUUACCUGAAGCAGCCAAAAUGUAUUUACCUGUGUACAUAUAUAUGGUUGGCAACCCUAGCUGUGAUGAAUGCACAGGAAAUGUUGGAACCAAAACCUGAUGGGGGAAACACUAAAAACUCAGACUUGGAAUCACAGCCCAUUGAACUGGCAGCCCUUGGAAGACCUCUGUUCCCUGGUAUGCUGUAUGACUGCCGCAAGGAUAACUUCAUUCCAGGUGUUACGCUGUGGGAUAAGAAAUCACUGAGUGAAGAUUUGGACAGUCGUCCACAGCUCAAGACAGAUUUUAAAUUUGAAAGCUCUGACUCUUUCUCUGCUAAGUCCAAUCUACUGGAUGUAAGUGCUUCCCUGAAGGCUAGCUUUUUGGGGGGGCUUGUGGAAGUGGGAGGAUCUGCCAAGUUCUUACGCGACAGCAAAUCCUCAAACCAACAGUCCAGAAUGACAAUGCAUCACAGUGAAACUACAAGAUUCGAACAGCUCACUAUGACCCAUCUGGGUCAGAUCACCUAUCCUCAGGUGUUUGACCAGAAAACUGCAACCCAUGUGGUCACAGCGGUACUGUAUGGAGCUCAGGCCUUCAUGGUGUUUGAUCGAAGAUUUUCAGAAGAGGAAAGUAGACAGGAGGUUGAAGGAGAACUGAACAUCAUGGUCAAGAAUAUUCCUCUACUUUCCAUUGAAGGACAGGCAUCUUUAAAAAUGACAGAUGGUGAAAAGAAAAAGGCUGAGAAGAUUGCCUGCACAUUUUAUGGUGAUGUCCAUCUUAAUCAGAACCCCACCACAUACAUGGAGGCCCUGGAGUUGUACAAGAAGCUUCCAUCUCUUCUGAAGGAGAAUUCACAAAAUGGGGUUCCACUCAAAGUCUGGCUCUAUCCUCUUCAUCUUUUGGAUACAAAAGCAGCUCGACUGGAGAGAGAAAUCAGCACAAGUGCAGUUUCCUACAUUGUAGAUAUAAUGGAGGAGCUGAGUGAUGUAGAGAGGACAUGCAACGAUCUGUCCAGAAAAACAGAGGUAAAUAUGUUCAGUAGCAUCAAAGAAAGACUACGCUCAUUUAAGAGCUCAGUUUCCUUUUACAAGGCAUUGCUCCUGAAAGCAGUGGCCAAGGUCUUGCCUGGUAUUCGAGGAGGAGAUAUGGAGGAGAAGUCAUUGAAAGACAUCCAGAGGAUCCACAGUAGCUCCCCUUUUAAUGCUGUCAUGCAUAAACAGUGGUUAAAUGAUGCGAAGACUGAAGUUCGCCUCUUGAGUUCUUACACCAAGACACUAAAGGAGAUCACAAUAGUAGACUCAGACAGUCUCAAAACUAUCCUCCUUGAUCCUGACAUUGAUUUUGUGGUAUGCUUGACUUUCACAUCUCUGCAGUAUGAAGAUCCAUAUCUUUCAACUCUGCAGGACUUUCUGAAAUCUGAUCAAUUUCAAGACCUAGAUGGGGAAAUAAAAAUAAUUUCUGAAUUUCUGAAUGUCAGAAAGUGGUUCAACAAUCCUGAUGUCAUCUCAACCUUGAGAGAGAACAUCAUUCUUUUCAGAAGUUUUUCAGAGGCCAAUAAAAACGACAAGAAAUUCCGAUUCAUUAUUUCUGCCAUCUCCGAUCCCUCCAGUCCAGGAUCCUCCAUCUAUCUGUAUGAGAAAGGGAAACUGACAGACACAAAGUUCCAGCCCCUUUCCAAGCCACCCCCGCCUAUAGUAAAAAACAUUCUAAGGCAAGCUGUGUCCCUGAAACUGCAUGAGUACUCAACUGAAAAAAGAUUAAAAUAUAGAGUUGAAUACAAUGAGGUAACGUCUAAUUUUGGAGCUGAAGAAAAGUGGUUUGACGUAGACACAGCGGAUGUGACAUUUAAUCUGAUUGGAAUACUGACUGGAAAGCACUACUCUGUCCAAUACAGGACAGUGAGUAACGUGGGAGUGAGUGAAGCCAGUGAUGCUGUCAACAUUGGACCAUUAUAUGAGCAAGCUGUGCUUGUGGGUGGAACAGAUUUUCCUGGAACCAGCUUUUUGGCUCCUAGCAGCAGCGCUAUUAAGAUGAUCCAAUUAUAUUACAAAGAGAUGCCCUGGACAGCCUUUUUUUCAACCAAGGAGAAAUGGAUCAGGAGUUUCACGGCAGUGAAGAUGACUUUCCAUUCUGGCCACAGAUAUACAGCUGGUAGAAAUUUUAAUGAAGUAGAAACAUUUCUUUUUGAUGAGGAUGAUAAAAUUGUUGCUGCAAAACUGUGGCCAAAUAAGGAUAACAACAGAUUCUGUGGGUUGUGGUUUGUGGUUGAAAAGAGCAACGGCAGAAAAACCCAUUUAUCCGCCAAGUGUCAUGAAGUGGGAAACCCUGUGAGCGUCGACGUGAAGUCUGGAAAGUGUUACGGUAUCACAGCAAGAGCAGGAUCGGAAGUGGACUUUCUGGGCUUCCACUUCAUUUAGACUCCUUCAGCUACAUAAUCUACUGUAUAUAUGCCUCACUGAGCAUAUCCGAAUAUCAAAAAGCAUAAACACUUUAUAAUUACAACAAACUACGGAUCAUUAGUAAAUACUCAAUUCAUCCUGUAUAUUAAUAUGCAUUCUAAGCUGUUUACACGCGCAGCUAUAAAUGCAUCGCUCUUGAGCGUAUAUAUAUAUAUAUGUGCAAUUGAUGAUUCAGUUAGCUAGGUAUUUUUUUGCAUCUUAAAAUGACUAGUUCAGUAUCAUUCUGUAUUUAUAAACCGCUUACUAAUGACUAUUAAUUUUGGAACAGCGCUUUAGACUAUUUACUAAUGCUUAACUAAUGAUUCACAGCGUCUAGUUAUUAGAAAGUGUUACUGUUCUUGUUUUCAUGUCUUUUACAGACAGGCCAUAGUUCAAACAGAACAUUUAAGUAAUUUUUAUAAACAUGCAUUAAAAAUGUAUUAGUGGUGCAAAUCUCAAGACAAAACAAAGCCAGUUUCUUUCAUUGAAAACAGCUCUUAGUCUAGGACUAGGCUCAAGCCUUAUCUGAUUCCCCUGCCCCCAUGUGUCUCUGUUCUGAUUGGUCGUCCAGGUGCUGUCUCUUGUUUCUCAUUGGUCGGUUUAUGUCAUGUGCUGCUCAUUGUUUGCUAUAAGUUUGUUUCCGUUCUCUCUUGUCGUGUCGAAUGUAUAAACCUCUGUUCGGUGAGUUAUUUCAUGUUUGUCAUCAAGUCUUUGUGUUUUGUUUAGAUUGAUUUGGAUUUCAUACUGUACAAUAAAUCUGAUCUUGCAUUCA